ACUUGACACUUUCAACUACGCACGCACUAGGUAUUAUAUAGGUAUUCAUAUAUUGUUAUUUUUUAUAUUAUUAUAUUUUCAAUUUUCAAUAUUACUGUACACCGGGACGCCGUUGAACUCGACGAACACAUUCCGCACACACACGUCACGCGGCCACCACUUUUUAGUUUCGUCGACGUUAUUCGUGAUUACGUGGUCACUGUUGUGCUACUUGUCUGUUGUUACUUCUCAGUUGUCGCUCGCCGAAUCCUUGUGUCUCGUACCGCCGUCCGCCGAAUCCGCCAUCGACGGCACGCUGAGAAUAAUCGCUGCGCCAGAGUCCUACGACAGUACGACCUACGCCGCUGCCGCAACAUACCACGUGGCACGUACGCGACUAGGUGUUAGGUAUGUCAGUAAAAGAAAUGGAUGCCUUACAGACUUCAUCUUGUGAAAAUAAUCUAAAGAAAGCUCUGAAAUCAAAAGACUGUAAACCAACAAAUUUUAGAAAUAACUCUCACUCUGCCAGAAUACUAGAAGAUUUACAUUCUCUACGCAAAAAUGAAGUUUUAUGUGAUAUUAGAUUUGAAACAGAUGAUGGAUGUAUAACAUUUGGUCAUAAAAAUGUUUUAAUAGCAGCUAGUCCAUAUUUCCGUGCAAUGUUUAGUAAUUCUGAUGAGAGCAAUAAAGAUCUGGUUACUAUAAGAGAAUUAGAUUCCACCACUUUACAACUAUUAGUAGAUUAUAUUUAUACUGGGGAAAUUACGAUCACAAAUAAAAAUGUACAGAUGUUGUUGCCAGCUGCCAAUAUAUUACAGUUAGAUUAUAUAAAUGGUGUAUGUGCAGAGUUUUUACAAAAACAUCUGGAUCCAUCAAAUUGUCUUGGUAUCAAAGCGUUUGCUGACUUACAUAAUUGUAUUGAUUUAUUGUCAAUUUCUGAAGCAUAUAUUAAACGAAAUUUUUUAGAAGUAGCUAAAGUCGAAGAUUUUGUAUCCUUAUCUUCUGAUGAUUUGGUGAAGCUUAUUUCCUCUAAUGACCUUGCUGUUCCAUUUGAAGAAAAAGUAUUUGAAUGUGUUAUCAAAUGGGUAAAUCAUGAUUUGGAUCGUAGAAAUAAUUUUUUGCCAAAAUUAAUGGAACAUGUACGUUUGCCAUUAUUGAAGCCUGGUAUAUUAUUUAAUAUAUCUAAAGAACCUCUUCUAAAUAAUAUUCCUAACUUUAAAGAUUAUAUAAUCGAAGCGUUACAUUUUAAUCAUCAAAAAUCAGUUCAGCAUUUCGCCAUUCCAAAAACGAUUAGAUUUAAACCUAGAAAUUUUGAUGUUUCACAAAAGGUUAUUUUAAUGUUCAAUCGGUCUGAUACAUCACCAAAGUGUUAUACAGAAUGGUAUGACCCUGUAACCAAACUACGAGAGAAUGCACCAGGGAUAAAUGAUUGUCGCCGGACAGCUGGUCUUUGUGUUAUAAGAGACCAAUUUGUGUUUGCUGUAGGAGGUGUAAAUGCAUCAAGUUCAAAAUCUGUUAGUUUACUUGAUGUAUCUUCACGGUCACUCUCUUGGGUUCCAAUGGUUGACAUGUUAGUUAGUCGACAUGGAUUAGGAGUUGGGGUAUUGGAUGAUUGUAUAUAUGCUGUUGGCGGACGUGAUGGUACCUAUUUAUUAAAUAAUGUAGAAAAAUUUGAUGGGAGUAUUAAAAAAUGGCAAAUGGUUUCGAGUAUGUCAAUUCAGAGGAGUAGUGUUGGUGUUGGUGUACUCAAUAAUCAUUUAUAUGCGGUCGGAGGUUAUAGUGGUAAAUUUUUGAAAUCAGUGGAAUAUUAUGAUCCCACACUUGACACAUGGAAUCCAGUUGCAGAAAUGUCUGAGUAUCGUCAAGGUGCUGGUGUAGGAGUCUUGGACGGUAUUUUGUAUGCUAUUGGUGGGUAUAAUGGACAGUAUCUUAAAAGUGCUGAAAUCUAUAGACCUGGUGAUGGAAAUUGGUCCCCUAUAGCUCACAUGCAUUUGUCCAGAUUCAGACCUGGAGUAGUCACAUUAGAUGGUCUAUUGUAUGUUAUUGGUGGAGAAAUUGAUGCAUCUGAUGUUGAUACUGUAGAAAUCUAUGAUCCAAUCACCAAGACUUGGACCAUGGAAACAUUGUCAAGACAUGGAGUCCGAAUUUAUGGUGCAGUGGUUGUUAGUAGACCACAUCAUUAUAAUUAAUCAGCUUUCAGAAGUAGUCAUUGUUAAUUACUAUCACUUGUAGUAAUAAGAACAUAUUUUUGUAUAAAUUAUGAUGACAUGUGUAUUGAAGAAUUUUUAUUUUUUAUAAUUUAUAUUGACUUUUUUCAUAAAAAUUUCAUAAAUUAAAUAUGUAUUUUUUUGUCAAAACAAUUUUUAAACAAUUCGUACGAAUUUGUAACCACAAUUCCAAAAUUUGUAUACCUCCCCGUCACCCAUAAAAUCCAAAAACGAUUUCCGGGUGCCAGCGUCACAUGAUGCUCGUCGGCCGAUACACCGGUGAUCGGUUGCUGACCACUCAACUACCUAUAGUGUAAACUAUAUGUAAAUACAAAAAUAAUAUAAACUAGAACUAAUAGCCGAAGUAACUAACAUCAAAAAAAAUUAAUAAAAUAAAAAUAAGUAAUUCGUACUUAGGUACUUAUAUUUUAAGUGUAUUAAUAUUAUUUACUAUAUUUAUUUAUGUCCUUGAAGUUGGCACCCCCACUUUGAUAAUAUCAACUUCAAAUCAUUAUAAAUAUUUUGCAACUGAUUUGCAACAAUUUGCAACAUCAAUUUCAAAAUUAUAAUAUAAUUCAUAAAAGUUAUAAAAAAAAAAUUGUCUUAAAACAAGCACAGUUAGUAAACGAAUGGUUAGCAAAUUCAAAUAAUUAAUAAAUCUAUUUUUGAAGUGGCCAAAUAAAAAAAAA